AUGGUCAACUUGACUUAUGGAGCCCUACUCACGUCAUCCGAUGGGGCGGUCAGUUUUGAGCCCCUGGGUACGGAUAUCAUAUCGACGCUAGCCGGUGAACAGACUGCCUACGACCCGGGAGAUAUUGCUUGGGUGUUGACUUCUGCUGCACUCAUCGUUUUCAUGCUUCCUGGGCUUGGCUACCUGUACUCUGGUUUAUCAAGACGGCGGAAUGCGCUAUCAAUGCUCUUCCUCAGUAUGGUGUCUUUGGGCGUCAUAUCAUUCCAAUGGUUCUUCAUCGGAUACAGUCUGGUGUUUUCCGAGAGCGGUGGCAGUUUCUGGGGUGACGGCAGGAAUGUUGGUUUCAGAAAUGUCUUGGAAAGGCCCGUACCGGAAACCAACGGAAAGCUGCCCGAGAUCGUGUUUGCCACAUACCAGAUGAUGUUUGCCGCGCUGGUGCCUGCGGUGUUGCUGGGAGCGGCCGCCGAGAGAAGUAAAAUGCUGCCUGCCAUGAUCUUCAUGUUCUGCUGGACGACAUUGGUGUACGACCCAUUGGCGCAUUGGGUCUGGAGCGUCAAUGGCUGGGCGAACAAGUGGGGAAUUCUCGAUUACGCGGGUGGAGUCCCAGUAGAAAUCGCUUCUGGAACCGGCGGUUUGGCGUACUCGUACUUCAUUGGUAAACGACGAGGUUACGGUACCGAUCGUGUUCUUUUCAAGCCAUCCAAUGUUGGUAAUGUGGUUCUUGGCACUGUAUUCCUCUGGGUUGGCUGGCUGGGCUUCAACGGUGGCUCAUGCUUUGGUGCUUCCCUGAAAGCAGCUCUCGCGGUUUUCAACACCAACCUUGCUGGAAGUGUCGGUGGAGUUGUAUGGCUCAUCAUGGACUUCCGUCUUGAGAGAAAAUGGAGCGUCGUUGGAUACUGCACAGGAGCUAUUGCUGGCCUCGUCGCUGUAACUCCUGCCGCCGGGUAUGUUGGUGCUCCCGCUGCUGCUCUUAUUGGUCUUGUCUCUGCUGCCGUCUCCAAUUUGGCGACUCGCGUCAAGGUCACCAUGCGAGUGGACGAUCCUAUGGAUAUCUUCGCCGUACACGCUCUCGCUGGUGUAGUCGGUGUCGUCAUGACUGGAUUAUUUACACAAGCGAGCGUCGCUGCCAACGACGGGUUCUCGGAGAUUGACGGAGGUUGGCUUGACCAUCAUUACGUUCAACUCGGAAAGCAGCUUGUCUGGGUUGUCGUUGGCAUGGGAUGGACUUUUGUCGUCACCUAUGCCAUCAUGUUUGUCAUCAAUCUGAUCCCUGGCUGCCAAUUCCGUGCGACUGAAGAGGCCGAGAUCGUCGGUAUGGACGAAGUCGAACUCGGCGAGUAUGUGGCCGACUAUGCAUUCCACCAACGCGAUCUCGAGGGCGAAUACGAAGCGCACACCCUUUCGAGGGCUCCUUCAGCCACCAGAUUGCACCUCCGAGGCGUUCAAAAAGAUGGCGAGUCAUCGCACUCUUCGCAACACCGCCAGGAUCUUCCGCCUACCAUGCCGCGAGGUGGCGCUGCAGUGGCCCACGUCAAUGAUUCAGAUGGCGAGACAAUGGUGCCCUCUGAAGCCUCCCGGUCUCAAUCGAGGGGACGCAGCAGACCUCCCCGAGCGCAUAUGGGUACACUGGCCGAGGGGGAGGAUUUGGAGAUGCGGGAGGUCAACGGAGGUGCUAGACAUCAUCAUCAGCAGCCGCCGAAUGGGGAGGCAUCUGAUAUCAGCCAAAAAGAUUGA